AUGUCACAAAACUUUCAACGGGAUUUUGCUUGGGAUAGCGACUAUGUUUACACGCCGCAUGGAAUCGCCGAGAGCGGGAAGCAAUGGAUAAUCCUUGAUGUGGACAAAAACGUUUUAAAAAGCUCUAGGUAUGAUGAUUUAGAGCUAAAUGUCUAUCGAGUUCAGAUCAAUGAUGACAAUACAUUCGUUUAUAAGGCAACGCAUUAUUCAGAAAUCCGAGGGCUGACCUCUAUUUUCCCGUGGGGUGGUCGAAAACGAAAUAAACCAGGGCCGGAAUCGGAAAGUAGAGGUCAUCACGAUGAACAGAAGUAA